AAGUGGCCCCGUCUUCCACCCAGUGUCAGUGCUCUCUCUCCGUCGUCGUCUUCCUCCGUUCCUUGUCUCGUCGCGUGUGAUCGCAUCACGGACCGCGACAUUUAUCGGUCGGAGAGGGAGGGACACAUGGGGAUGAAGAAGGAAGAGCUGGACUACGUGCUGGUGCCGCUGGGGCUGGCGGUGAUGGCCGGGUACCACGCGUGGCUGCUCCUCCGCGUCCGCCGGCAGCCGGCGACCACCGUCAUCGGCGUGAACGCCAUCAACCGCCGCAUCUGGGUUCGUCACAUCAUGGAGGAGCCUUCCGGGAAGCACGCGGUGCUGGCGGUGCAGACGAUCCGCAACAACAUCAUGGCGUCCACGCUGCUGGCGUCGACAGCCAUCACCCUGAGCUCCCUGAUCGCCGUCCUCAUGUCCAGCGGCGACGGCGGAGGCGCCACCGCCGCCUCCAGCAGCAAAGGCGGCCUCCUCCCGGGCGCGCCGCUGGUGGUGGGCGCGACGGGCGCGCCGGCGCUGUCGGCCAAGUUCUUCGCGAUCCUGGUCUGCUUCCUGGUGGCGUUCCUCCUCAACGUGCAGUCCAUCCGGUACUACAGCCACGCGAGCGUGCUCGUGAACGUGCCGGCGGCGGAGGCGGCGCGCCGCCGUCGAGCCGUCGGGUACGUCACGGACAUGGUCAACCGCGGCAGCUACUUCUGGUCGCUCGGCGCGCGGGCGUUCUACUUCUCCUGCCCCGUCUUCCUCUGGCUAUUCGGCCCCAUCCCGAUGUUCGUGGCGUGCGUCGCACUGGUCUGCGCGCUCUACUUCCUCGACGUGUGCAAGGACUGGGAGGAGGAGGAAGGCGACGGCCAUGGCCACCGCUGUACGAGUGAUGACGAGAGGAGGGCAACAACACAAGGGAAGGAUGCAGAGCAGCAAGUGUAGAGAUGGAUGUGCUAGGCAUUUUUAGGCUAGAAACAGAUCGUGUUCUCGAGAUCGGACCUGUGCCCAGAUUGCAAAUGCCCACUCUACUCUGGAAGAAACAGUUUUGAGAACAUCACCUACAGCUACAGGCAGCAGAAUAGGUUCACUGAUCUACCACCAAACACAGGUGCAGUCAUGUUUCUUCAUGAUGCCCACAAAACAUAGGGACCUUGAGGGUCCAAUUCGUGCAGAAAGAGUUUCCUACGAGAGCUUUUGGAAUAGAAUAAAUGCUUUCCAACAAAUGCUUUUGGAAUUUGGAUUGAGCUACUCCUACUACAACUCCAGAGGACUCUGGAGGAAACAAGGCAUGAGACCUCUGUACUGCCCAUGCGGUUCAUCUUCUAUUUCAAAUUCUACUCCAUACUGAAAACAAUGUUUUGUACAGCCAUAUAUAUAACUUGAAACAUAUAAUAGACAAUUCGUUGGCAA